AUGUGGAAACCCAUCAUAUCAGCCGGCCAGCAAGCCACCCGAGCCACUUGGAGCCAGGUCUCGAAAGCGACUACCCAAUCCCUCGCCACCCCAACCGCAAAAAUAACACCCUUCAGCACAACUUCAAUCCUCCAGAUUGAAAAAGACCAGGACCCACUCGACCGAGAAGCCUUGAACCCGGAGCGCUCAGAGACUGCAAAAUCUGGUACGGACGGUGAAGUCGCCAAGCACCCCUCUGCAUUCGACCCGAAGAAUACAGCACCCGAGAGCGAGCUCGCGGCUACUGAAGAGGAAAGUAGGCAAGAAGGCAAGACGGAAAGUCCCCUCAACAUGAGCCCGGCCAAUAGGGAUGCUAGCGCUUGGAGACGCCCGGCUGAUGAUGGGCCUGAUCGAAAUCAGGAUCGAGGAGCUUCCAGUUCUCGUGGGGCACCGAAGAAGGGCCGUGGGAUUCACGUGAAGGAGGAUGGGACUCAUGUUUCGUAUCGGGAUUGA